GGGUCCUGGAUCCGCCACUGUCUCCCUACCAGGAGACAAGUCAUGUUCAAGCAGGAUCUCCAAGAUCCCAACAUGCCCUCUCGUGGCUGCAAUAUGAACUGGAUUCAUGCCUUGAUCGUGGAGCCACCAGAGCAUCUCAGGGGCUGCGGAUAACAAUUUUUUGGCAAUCUCAACGUGCCCUACUGCAGCUGCAAUGUGAAGAGAUGAUGAAUUUUUGGAGUCGACAUCUCGAGCUAGCUCUGAGUUUAUCCUCAUCAACUCUUCCACGACGCCCACUUGUCCCACCAGUGUUGCUACAUGAAGGAGAUUUCUUGAACGAGCGAAUGAAACUUGAUCAACAAGAAAUGGAUCUUGUUGCACAAGUAUUUGGAAAGUUGCUACAUCUCCCCUCGUUGCAGCAUCAUAUAGUUUCUUUUCCGGUGUUUCUGAAGCACUUGCUUCGGCCUUUGAAGUUUUGUGAAUCAACAAUCAGCAGUAAUGGCUCAGCAUGCAUUCAGUGUCCAGAAAAGAGACUUAAAGGGGCUGUGGCUAGCUCAAGCUGUGAUGAUCCUGGUAAGAUAUGA